GUUCACUCUGUGGUUUGAUGAAUGGUCUAUUCAAGGUAGAAGAAGCUUACUUAUUAAAUUGCUAGAAGUUGACCAAACUUUAUUAGCACUUCUAUAUUAAGAAUUGCUCAUUAGCCUCAUUCCUUCUUUCAUUUCGUUAACAAAAUCAUGACCAACAAAGGCCCAAUUGGCAUCGCUGAGCAGUUAAAUUACCUCAUUCAGUGGUUUAUGGAGUAUAGUGAAAUGCAGAAAGAUGACUUUUAUAGCAUUCUAGUUGAUACUUAUUCACGUAAGGAGCUUAAUGGCAUGUCAAAUUCUAUGAAUAGCUUAGAACUGAAUGACAGGCCACCUAGUAUAUUUCAGUGUCGUAUGAAAUUGUUCCGUGAAUGGUAUGCUGCUUGGAAUGAGGAAGAGAAAAAUGAAUUUUUGGCUCGUUUGGGGAGGAUGGAUGAGAAAUUCAUGGAAAAAUUUAAUGCUGAAAUGGGCCAUGAUAAUAUUGUCUAAUAGCAAGAGCUUAUUGAUCAAUUUAUAUCCAUUCCAUUUAUUCUAAUUUAUGCAUUGUUAAUGUAGAAAAAGUUUGUUCUGACAAAAAAAAAGGCCUUUGAUGAUUUUGUUGGGCUUUUGUUAUUUCUUUUAAUCUGACUAAUGCUGAAUUUGCAUAGAUAUUUAUAUAUAUAUUUUUAUAUGAAAAUUAUUCCAUUAACAAUUUUUGUUAUUGUUUAUGUGUCAUGAGAAUUUUUUUAUUUUAUAUAUUUCUUUAAGUUCCUAA